UCCGCGCAGGCGGCGCCCGCGCCCAGGCUCCCGGGCCAGCCCGCGCUCCCGGUCCACCCACCCCGGCCGCCUCCCGUCUCCCGCCGCUGCCGCCGCAGACUCAGCGGCGCCGCUACUUGCCUUGCAGGUGGCAAUUUCUUCUCCAAAAAGAAGUUAAGCAGCUCUUGUUGCUGAAUUGCUUGCAGUUUCUUUAACUGAUGGGAAGGAAAAGAGCCCAAAAGCUUCUGCCACUUGCUGCAAAACAACCAGAGGAGGAAGUCAAGGCGCCACUCCUGCUACUUACCCAGUAAUUCUAACAGUCGACAGAAUUCCUAGGAAAAAAGCUCAGGCCUCUGAGGAAAAAGCACAGCGCACAGCUUUUACCCAAAAGCUGACACGGGAGGACCAUUAGACACCAACUUACAAGACAGACCUGAUUCAUGAAAUGGACCAAAGUUGAAAAAUCAUCUACUUCAUCUAUGAAUUUGAGACACAACUGGGAUGAUCUCAAGCGCAUAAAACUAGACUCACUGCAGCUAUGAGUUCAGACGAGAAAGGCAUAUCCCCUGCCCAUAAAACCUCCACUCCAACCCAUAGAAGUGCCUCCUCUUCAACGUCCUCUCAGAGGGACAGCCGCCAGAGUAUCCACAUACUGGAGAGGACUGCUUCCUCUGGCACUGAGCCCUCUGUGAGUCGACAAUUGCUUGAACCUGAGCCUGUGCCCCUGGCCAAGGAAGCUGACAGCUGGGAAAUUAUAGAAGGGCUGAAAAUAGGCCAAACCAAUGUCCAGAGACCAGACAAACAUGAAGGCUUUAUGUUAAAGAAAAGAAAAUGGCCUUUAAAGGGUUGGCACAAGCGUUUUUUUGUCCUGGAUAAUGGAAUGUUAAAGUACUCAAAGGCACCACUUGAUAUUCAAAAAGGAAAGGUCCAUGGGAGCAUCGAUGUUGGACUCUCUGUUAUGUCAAUAAAAAAGAAAGCUCGGAGAAUAGAUCUUGACACAGAAGAGCACAUCUAUCAUUUGAAGGUGAAAUCCCAGGACUGGUUUGAUGGAUGGGUGUCCAAACUGCGCCAUCACCGAUUGUAUCGGCAGAAUGAAAUUGUGAGAUCCCCACGAGAUGCUAGUUUUCACAUAUUUCCUUCAACCUCCACAGCUGAAUCCUCACCAGCUGCCAAUGUGUCUGUGGUGGAUGGAAAGGUGCAGACGAGCAGCUUCCCAUGGCUGUCCCCGUUACCUAGCAGCAGCAGCAACCUCCCUGCCACCUGUACCACCGGCCAGAGCAAAGUGGCAGCCUGGCUGCAAGACUCAGAAGAAAUGGACAGGUGUGCGGAAGACCUUGCGCACUGCCAGUCAAACCUAGUGGAACUUAGCAAACUCCUGCAAAAUUUGGAAAUACUUCAGAGAACUCAAUCAGCACCUAACUUCACUGAUAUGCAGGCUAACUGUGUAGAUAUUUCAAAGAAAGACAAACGAGUCACAAGACGAUGGAGAACAAAAAGUGUCAGCAAAGAUACAAAAAUACAACUGCAGGAAGGGCCACCCGCGAAGGGCCAGUUCAACACAACUCGGCGCCGGCAGAGGCUAGCGGCAGCAGUGGCUACAACAGUUCCUUUCAGUGCCACCAUGUCACCUGUUCGCUUGCAUUCCUCCAACCCCAACCUUUGUGCGGAUAUUGAAUUUCAGACGCCCCCUAGCCACCUCACUGACCCUCUGGAAAGUUCAACAGAUUAUACAAAGCUUCAAGAAGAAUUUUGUCUAAUUGCCCAGAAAGUGCAUUCUCUUUUGAAGUCUGCAUUUAACAGCAUAGCAAUAGAGAAGGAGAAGCUCAAGCAGAUGGUUUCUGAGCAGGAUCACAGUAAAGGCCACAGUACGCAAAUGGCACGGCUGCGACAGUCGCUGUCUCAGAGUGAAGGAGCAAACAAACCCUGGGAAAGGAGCUGUUCGGCUUUUCAUUGGACCUUUGUCCUCACCAAUAUCUUUUGCUUGAGACUUGUGAUCCAGUUGCUUCAUCUGCUACCGGCCCUCAACCAGAAUGCUGAGCUGAGGAGUCGGUUGAACAGAAUACAUUCAGAAUCUAUUAUUUGUGAUCAGGUUGUCAGUGUCAAUAUUAUUCCUAGUCCUGAUGAGGGUGGUGAACAAAUCCAUGUCAGUCUUCCCCUCUCACAGCAAGUAGCCAAUGAGAGCCGCCUGUCCAUGUCAGAGUCUGUCUCUGAGUUCUUUGAUGCUCAAGAAGUGCUCCUCUCUGCAAGCUCCUCAGAAAAUGAGGCUUCAGAUGACGAGUCUUACAUUAGUGAUGUGAGCGAUAAUAUUUCUGAAGACAACACCAGUGUUGCAGACAACAUUUCUCGGCAAAUCUUGAAUGGGGAGCUUACUGGAGGGGCCUUCCGAAACGGACGUCGAACAUGCCUGCCAGCCCCCUGUCCUGAUACCAGUAACAUCAACCUGUGGAAUAUCUUGAGGAACAACAUUGGUAAAGACCUAUCUAAAGUCUCUAUGCCGGUGGAGCUGAACGAGCCACUCAACACUCUGCAACAUCUCUGUGAGGAAAUCGAAUACAGUGAGCUCCUGGACAAGGCUUCAGAAACUGACGAUCCCUACGAACGCAUGGUUCUUAUUGCUGCAUUUGCAGUUUCAGGAUAUUGCUCUACCUAUUUCAGAGCAGGAAGUAAGCCAUUCAACCCUGUCCUCGGGGAGACUUACGAAUGCAUUAGGGAGGACAAGGGAUUUCGAUUUUUCUCUGAACAGGUUAGCCAUCAUCCACCCAUUUCUGCCUGUCACUGUGAAUCCAAGAAUUUUGUGUUUUGGCAAGAUAUCAGAUGGAAAAACAAGUUCUGGGGAAAGUCGAUGGAAAUCCUGCCUGUUGGAACACUGAAUGUCAUGCUUCCAAGGUAUGGAGAUUGCUAUGUGUGGAAUAAAGUCACCACGUGUAUACACAACAUUCUCAGUGGGAGGAGAUGGAUAGAACAUUAUGGAGAAAUAACCAUUAGAAAUACUAAAAGCAGUGUUUGCAUUUGCAAACUCACAUUCAUCAAGGUGAAUUAUUGGAAUUCUAAUGUGAAUGAAGUCCAGGGCGUCGUGAUAGAUCAGGAGGGGAAGGUGGUGCACCGGCUGUUCGGGAAGUGGCAUGAAGGGCUUUACUGCGGUGUGGCGCCCUCGGCAAAGUGCAUCUGGAGACCAGGUUCCAUGCCAACCAAUUAUGAGCUCUACUACGGCUUCACAAGGUUUGCGAUUGAACUCAAUGAGUUAGAUCCUGUACUAAAAGAUCUCCUUCCGCCAACAGAUGCCCGAUUCCGACCAGAUCAAAGAUUUUUGGAAGAAGGAAAUUUAGAAGCUGCUGCAGCAGAAAAACAAAGAGUAGAAGAACUCCAGAGAUCUCGAAGACGAUACAUGGAAGAAAACAACCUUGAACAUAUACCAAAAUUUUUUAAGAAAGUGAUUGAUGCCAAUCAAAGAGAAGCCUGGGUUUCUAAUGACACCUAUUGGGAGCUGAGAAAGGAGCCUGGGUUUAGCAAAGUAGACAGUCCUGUUCUUUGGUAAAACGAAUGUAGAGCUAGCCAACAUAUCACGCUCUGAAUGAAUAAAUAACUAUGCACAAGUAUGUUUCUUAGAGCUCCGCGUGGUUUCCGGGUCGAUUAAAAACCGAUCAUUUGCUUUUCUAUUCAUCUUUAUAAUGGACUUUCAGAAGUGCAUUAGACAAGGCCCCUGACCACUUUUGGAUCCUUUCUGUUUUGCUGCAACCAUAUUCCUUAAAAAAAAAAAAAAAAAUCCAUAUCCUUCUUCUCGAAAAGCAGAAUAAAGGAGCAGAAUAUAAAACCCAAAGCCUGAAGAGUUUGUAAAGAAAAAUGAACUGUAACUGGUGCUUAAAGCUGAUCCAGAAAGGUGUAAAGCAACGUGACAUAAACCACGUGUCUGGUCCUUUUUCGGGAAGCGCUGUCCCCCACGGUAGGAGCUCCGGAGCCACGGCAGGCGCCAGAGGGGCCCUCCAGAGUGUCUGUUAGAUGUGGUGUGCUUGUGCUGGCCUUGUCAAAAAAGACGUGAUGCUUCUCAGAACCUGUUCCAUCUGUACGCCAUUGUUCAUGCCUUAAGAAAUGCAAAGAUGUACAAUAAAUCAUUUUGUAAAUGUGUAUUCAUAGGUUUAUGUGAAGGACAGGUCUUUUGAAUCCUAGCAUGAUUCACUUUAUAGGAUCAGAGCAAUUGUGAGAUAAUGUCAGUGGAUUAAAAAGGUAAACAACAUGCAUAUUACUUUGAUCAGUUUACUUGGAUGGGUUACUAUCUCGGAUCUCCGAGGCCAGAAGAGGUGCACUAAGUAGAUCACUGCAUUCACAUUGUUCCUCAAGUUCUGUUCCCUCACCACACCCUCUUAUGCCCAAUCUUAGGGUGUACCCGAUCAGUUGGUAAAAUCAGUAUUUGAUUUGAACACUUGGCAUCCAUGUUAGAAUCGUGGAAGGAAGUAACAAAAAGCUUAUGGUAUUUCUGUUUCUGUGUGGGCUUAGGAGUACUGUAUGAACUAUUUUUUUGAGUGAAAUACAGUGUAACUCAAGUCUCUAUUUUCUGCCCAACCCAUAGGCAAUAGUGGAAUUCUACGGGGAACAGAAGCAAGAAUGCUAGUAGCUAAUUUACAUUGUUUGAGUGAGUUCUAUGCAAAGUUAUAUUUUAUAUUUUCAUCAAAUGAUUCAGUAGGAUAUAUGAUCACAAUACAAAGCAUUUGCCUUGCUAUUGACAGACAUAGAAAACUUAAGCUAAGGAAUCUAUCCAUCCCAACAAAAAUGGGGGGGCGGGGGUGGGAGGUAGCAGAAUUAUGUUUUGCAUAUAGUUCAAGAAUUGUGUUUUCCUCCAUUAAUAAACAGAGAUUUUUGUAGGAAACUUGCAUCAGUAUUCCUGAGUUUCUGCACGUAGGUGACUAUAUAAAUGCCUGUAUAUUUUUUGAAAAUCUCUUAGAGAUUUUCCAAAAAAAUUAUAAAAUUACAUAUAUUUUAAUCUUAGUUAGGUUUUUAUUCUUAGAUUCUUACCAUUAGGUUUUAAAUGUUAUUUUGAACUCUGAGAGGUAGGUCAUUACAUUCUACAUUUUGUUAUGCAAUGUUGAUUUUGGUGUUACUUCUCAGUAAAGCAUUCCUUAUUGGGGCUAAAUCACUGUCAAACCAAAACUUCUGGGAGCUAAGGAAACUCCUUAGUGUCCACUAGGUGGAGCAGUGUUGUAGUCAGCCUCAAAUGCCACCUUCCUUUUAUCUGAGUCUGUGGAUUAUAUGUGCAGUACCAUUGGUUAAGAAUGAAAUUUCAUUCUCAAGUAAAUUGCCUACUGCAUCGCUAGACUCUAGCAUUCCACCUUACAGGCAUCCUCCCAGACUUCUCAAUGCCUUCGCUUCACUCCAAUCUGUAGGUGACUUAUUCCACAAUAAUUUUUUUCCUUUAUAAGUUCACUUUCUGCGCAUUCAUCUUGACAACCUUUUAUCUGCAUACUGAGAUACAUGCCUUUGAUUUUAAUUAGAAUCUAUCUAAUUCUAUCACCAUCAUCAUAGGAGUCUUUUCCUGAGACGGUAAAGCUUUAAACACUAUUUUAGGUGGCCUGUCUCUGUACUUACUAGCAUUUCUCUGAACAGUCUCAAGAUACAUAGCCUAAAGAUUAGGAUCCUGCCAGCUAUUGUUACGGCAUGUACAAAAGUGAGAAGGUAAGACAUUAGGUAGGGUAGCCGGCAGCUGAAGACGCAGGUCCAUCAGGGAAGUAACUACUACACCUAGUAGUAGAGAUGAUUAGCUGGUAGGUUAAAAGAUGAGCUUAUAGAGAUGCCCUUGACUAAGUGGUAAGCUCAAGCUGUAUGAAUGAACUAAGUGCAAGUUUAUCAGCAGUGACCUGAAACGCUAGUUAGGAUUUCAAGAUGAGAAUGAGAAGAAUAUCAAAUUUAUUUAAAUCAUCAAUAUAUUUUAUGAUUUCCCAAUUUAGAAUCUCUUUUGAGCUUUAGAUACCCUGAUUAGAUUUCCAGCUCAAGUGAUCAGUUAGGUUUUAGCUAAUACUCUUAACCAUAGCUAACUCACAAAACUCCAUCAAAGGCUCCUCAGUUACUUUAUAUUUUAUGGUGGUUAUGGAAUUGUGAGACUUCUUUUGUUUGGAAUUUUCAUCUACCCAAUGUUGGAGCUUUUGGGACUAGCUUUAAACAGCAAAGGAAUAGAAUAAAAAUUAGAUCACUCUUGAAAAAUCAGAUUGAUUUCUUAGAAUUUUGUAUAAACUUUUUCAUUUCAUGGGAAUUUUUCUCAUUUUUUUCUCCUGAAAUGACCUAGGGUAGAGGAGGACUUAUGUCUUUCUACCUCCCAAUGCUUAUUGCUAAGCUCCUUCAUCUUUUGGCAUUGCUGCUAAAGACAGCAAAAAUAAGUGAAAUUGAUCCUGUAGACAUGACUAGACUGAACAGGUCGAUGGCAUGUGCCAAACACAUGGGAGCCAAUCAGAAACUAAUUAUUUUGAUUGCAUAUGCUGUCAUGUAGGGUCUAAAUUUUCUCUCCAAUUUUGUUAUUAUUUUACUUUUUUUUUAUUAAGUCACUAUUUUCAUGGAUUCCUCUAAAAUGCCCCAUAAUUUCCAGGCAAUUAUAAAAAUUGAGAUACUUUUUAAUACUACAUGUCAGUCUUAUGUUACAUAAAAAAAUACAAAAUGAAUUUUCUGGGUUAGAGAAACCAAGGGAUUAUCAAAACAAGGGAUGCCAGAUUGGCUGUUUUCCAAGCCCUUCGCUCCUCUUGAUUAUUCUGGCCUUAUGCCUUUCAGCGAUUCCACUAAUAAUCCUUAGCUCCUACCCCAGGGAGCAGUGGGGGGCAGAGCUAAAGAGGAAACUGAUAAAACUGUUUUGCUUAGUUCUGGUUACAGCUGUGAAUGGAGAUGAGUUAUAAUCAUAAUCUAAUGUACAUUUCUGUUACUACCUUGUGGAUUUUAAUUGUCCAUCUUGUCUAAUCUUGUUCCUUGUCAUCCUAGAUAAUGAAGUGUUUGUGGGAGCAGAGCUCCUCACAUACCAGGGGUGUAAUAAAUGUUUGCACUUGGCUUGAGUUGGUAUAUUAUGAAUGUGGCAUAGUAAAUGAAGUUUGUGUACAAAGUAUUAGUUUAUUUCUAUGGGAGCCAUUAUCUUCAGAUAUAUAAAAUGUAUCUAAUUAAACAAUUAUGAAUCUAUUUUGUGCUCUAGAAAUGUUAUUUUGGGGGGGAAAUGAAAAAAUUUCAUUGGAGCUAAAAUUAAAACAUUUGAGUUUGGUUUU